AUGCGUCCUGAUACCGCUGCUCUCUAUAUUAUCUUUGCUUCAUCUUUACUCCCGCUUGUUCACUCAUUACCAUAUAUAACUAGGAAGCCAUCUAUGCUUGGAUUUUUGACUCGUCGCGCGCCUUAUGCCAUAAUACCCGUAGACGGGGGACCAGCUGAUGACAAUGGGGACAACACUCCGGUGAAUACUCCGCAACCUUCAGAAUUCACGACAGUUUUUGUCGCUGAGACACAGACUACUGUGGAAACGGAUAUAGUCACUAUGCCACCAAUGACUGACCAUGUGACGUCUAUAGAGACGAUACAAGGUCCCACAGUGACUCAAAUGAGCGAGGUCACUACAACAGCUACUGCCUCUCCACUAACAGUCACAGAGACUAGCUACUCCGUCGUUGAUGUUAGCUCUCCUCCCAGUACGGUUACUGUUUCUGCGGUGCCUUCUGGAACUAGUACCUCAGAAACCGAAACGUUUCAAACUUCACAAACUGCGAGUCAGUCUUCACCCGAGAACUCUGCGACACAGUCAUCGCCGGAAGCCGUACCUAAUUCGACAUCAUCUGCCCCGGUAUCUGGGACUUCAUUACCUAACGUACCAGACGCCUCAAGCACUGAUAUUUCCUCUAACUAUCCUUACACCACUACAUCAGUCGCUACACCCACAUCUAAAGGCACUUCAUCGGUAUCGAGCUCAUCAGAGUCUGCACCAACCCCUACAUCUUCAAGCUCUUCGGAAUCUGUACCAGCUUCACCUACAACUAGUAGUUCUACAAGUUCUCGCAGGCCGAAACCAACACACUUGCCACCUCCCUCUCCUCCUAACCCUGCAUCUCCACAACCAUCUGUCGAUUUCACUCCUUCAAUCUCGAAUAAAACGGAAACUAUCGCUUCAUACUCCUCGACCCUAGCAAUGGAGACAGAGCUUGUCACAUUGACAUUUCCACGACACAUGAACAAUAAUUGA